AUGCUUCGUGACACCACCAUGCCUCAAGCCCUGGGUGCUCUCUCGGCCACAUGGCCGGCAGGGUCGUCGGCGGCCACGACCGGCCCCGUCGCCUUCCCCCGGCCCAGCGGGGCGUCCAGCUCGUAUUCCCUCACCAGCUACAACGCGCAGGCCACCUCCACCUACCUCGCCCAGACCGACUUCAGCAAUGAGCGCCUUGCCUUGCUGUGGGACCAGGUCGGGCCCGUGGCCACGGGUCCCGUCACGGCCACGGUGACCCCCACCCCGGAGCCAAGCGCCUACCCCUCACCGGGCGGCGCGUUCCACCCGCUCGCCCCGGCUUAUGAGCCCGCCCUCGCCAACGUCACCCUCCCCCGCGACUUUGUGUGGGGGGUGGCAUCCUCGUCCUACCAGAUCGAGGGCGCCGCCGACGCCGAGGGCAAGGGUCCGUCCAUCUGGGACCUGCUCUCCCACCGCGUGCCCAACCUCAUCGCCGACAACUCGACCGGCGAUGUUGUUGCUUCGCACUACUACCUCUACAAGCAGGACAUUGCCCGGCUCAAGGCUCUCGGCGUCCCGGCCUUCAGCCCCAGCAUCAGCUGGCCGCGCAUCUUUCCCUUCGGCAAGGGGCCCGUCAACGAGGCAGGCGUUGCCCACUAUGAUGAUGUCGUCCGCACAGCCGUCGAGGCCGGCCUCGCCCUCGCCGUCACCCUCUUCCACUGGGACACCCCGCUCGCCCUGUUCAACGAGUACGGCGCCUGGAACGACCGCCAGGCCGUCGACGACUUCUUCCACUACGCCACCUUUGUCAUUGCGCGCUACGACCGCUAUGUCCACGAAUGGUUCACCAUAAACGAGCCGCAGUACUGCAACUGGCAGUUCUCCACCUACCCGGCCGGCCACUACUACCCCGUCUACAACAACGUCUCGUCCGGCACCCAGUCACGUUUCCUGUGUGGCCACCACACCCUGCUCGCCCACGCCAGGGUCUACAGCUGGUACAAGAACGACUUCGGCGGCACAAAGAAGAUGACCUUCAAGAAUUCCGGAAACUACUUUGAGCCCAACUCGUCCUCGCCAGCCGACAUCGACGCCGCACAACGCCAGUACGACUACUCGCUCGGCUGGUUCAACCACCCCGUCUGGAAUGGCGGCCAGUACCCAGACAGCCUGCGCGACACCCUCGGCGACCUGCUGCCCGAGUUCACCCCCGAGGAGAGCGACCUCGUCUCUGGGUCCUGCGACUUCUUCGCCAUCGACCCUUACACCUCAUACUACGCCGCUGCCAUCGACGACAAGGAUGCAUGCACAUCGAAUUCUUCUCAUCCGAGCUACCCUGAAUGUGCAAGCUCAGAGCCCAUUGCGCCGGGGGGGUUCGCCGUGGGCCCGGCCGCUGACUCGGGCGUAAGCUGGCUGUGGAGCGCCCCGACGGGCGUGCGGCGCUUCCUCAGCAAGAUCACAAAAGAGCUCUUCCCCACCGUCCCCGAGAUUGUCGUCACCGAGUUCGGAUUCGCUGAGCCAGGCGAGGCCGCGCUGGACUCUCUGUCCGCCAUCCAGUGGGACCUGCGGCGCGCCGACUACUACCAGGGAUAUCUAGAUAACAUCCUCGCCGCGAGGCUGUUUGAUGGCGUUAAUGUCACAGGUGCAUGGGGAUGGGCAAUCUUUGAUAACUAUGAGUGGUUCUCUGGAAGUAGCGUACGGUUUGGGUUACAGUAUGUCAAUUACACUUCACUAGAGCGUACUCCCAAGGCAUCCAUGUUCCAGUUUCUCAGCUGGUUCAACUCCAAGGGCCGUGGCUUUGCUGGUGAGGGCGCUAGGAACUUAAGUAUUGAUACUAGAGGAUUGUUUUAAGUAUAUAAAAAGUUAAGCUUUAACUAUACUAUAUUUUUCCUUUAUACUAUAUAACCACUUAUUUCUUCCCUUUAAAACUUAUAUAUAAAGUGUUUAUAAAAAGUUUUAUAAAAAAAUUCUAAUUAAAU